AUGUAUUCUUAUGAAUUCAGCGAUGGAUCUAAUGUGAAAAUUAGUUUAAAACACAAGAAUCGGUUGGUUUUGGGCGAUAGAGUUGAGUGUGUUUUCUGGGACUUUGAUCACAAGAAGUGGUCAUCACUUGGAUGUCAUUUGCUGGAUAUCCUCCCCGGAACAUCCUAUAACAGACUUUUUCCAUUUGGUAUAAAGAAGGGCGCACUAUCUGACGUGAAACAGGAUUAUUAA